AUGACCGAGGAAAAUAACGUUACAAAUCUUAUAAUAGAAUUAACUUAUCUAUUAAAUCAUUCUAUUCAUUUUGAACCACAUUUAUUAUACAAAAAUACUAAAAAUGAUUAUAAGGAUUAUGAUAGUAAUAGUGGGUAUAUUUUACCUGUCAUGGUCUCUGAUAAAAUAAAAAUAUAUAGUGGUUGUUUGCCACUAGAAGUUUAUAAUACUUAUGAAAAAAUUAUACAUAAUGUGGAUGAUAGCACAGUUGAUAAAAGGAACAUAUACAUGAAUAGAGAAUUAAGCAAUUAUGAGUAUAAAAAAUUGGUGCGUGUCUUAUCGUUUUGUUAUCAAAUACUAUACGAAUGUAUAUUAUCAUUUAAUAAUAAUAACAACAAUAAGAAAAGAAUAUUUGAGAAAAAUUUUUUUCACAAUCAUAUGUUAUUAAGUGAAAAUCGGUUUUCUUUGGUCUUCAAAACUUUUGUCGGCAUAACUUUUAGGGAAUACGAUUUCUAUUGCUUAGAGUUUAUUAAAAAGAAUUAUGGUUUUCUUAAAGUUGCCAUUUCGUUUAUUCAACGAGACAGUCUUACUGGAUAUAUAAAAGAUUAUACAGUGUGGAAUGAAAUAGCUACUAAUUUGUUACGAAAUUGGUCUAAAGUCAAAUUGGAUACUUAUGCUGCCAAAAAUGCUUCAACAUUUUUCACUUAUACAUUGGCCAAUUCAACUAACUUAUAUCACAACAAUUGCAAACAAAAUACAACAAUGAGAAGGAAAAUAUUGAUUGAUAGGAUACCUAAUUUGGCUCGAGGAGAUGAUAGAAAUAAUAACUCUUCUUAUUUUAAAAUCCUAGAAAUGUCGGAUGGAUUUUCAGAUAAUAAAAGUUUUCCAACAUCUAACCCAUCAGAAAUAUGUGGAUACAUUAGUUCACGUGAUUCUUUUCAAACUGUUACCAAUAUUAAUAAUCAAUCUUCUAAGAAUUUCAAUAUUCCAGAUUUUAAUGAAAAUACUGAGGCUAAUACUAUUUCUAAUAGCAAUAAUAUAUUCAAACAACGAGCAAAUGAUAAAAGAGGUUUUCUAAAUAAUUUUCAAUUAGCUUAUAGGGAUUUUUGUAAUUUUAACGAUAGAGAAGACGAUGUUGAUUAUGAUUAUUCACCAAUAUUUUUUUCCACAUAA